AUGUCAUUUUUAACGAAAGAACAACUUGAUAAAUAUGUUAGAGAUUUAGCUUUAAAGAACCCUAAACCGACGUCUUCAAAUACGCCAAGGAGUCCAUUAUUCAAAUUACCUCAAAAUAGUCCAAGUCCAUCAACAAAUAGCUCAACAAUAUCGGGAGAAAGGAAGGCUGGUGCACUUCAAGGACCACGAUCUCCCCCUGUUUCUCAACGAAAUAGUUUAACCGCUACUAUUUCACCUAGAACACCCGUUGUUAAUAAUAAUUACGAAAAUUCUUCAACAAAUUCAAAUGAAACUACAAUUACGUCUAUUCCUGAAUCGACGAAGCCAGACUCAGUUUUUAAUAAUUCUUCAACUAUAACUUCAGAUUUCUCUAUUUCAAAUGAUGAUAAAGAAAAAAAAAAGUCUACUUAUAAAAAUAUCGAUGAGAUAGUAAAUGAUCUUUCUUAUCCUAUGGAGACCAAAUUAUCAUUUAAACCUACUACACCACCUCCUCAAUCAUCAUUUAAAUCUACUACACCACCUCCUCAAUCAUCAUUUAAAUCUACUACACCACCUCCUCAAUCAUCAUUUAAACCUACUACAUCACCUCCUCAAUCAUCAUUUAAACCUACUACAUCACCUCCUCAAUCAAAAUGCAACAAUAGUACGCCACCUACAAAGGGACCAGAUGAUCCAACAAAGGGUAGUUAUGUUUUAUCUGCUGCAUUUAAAUCAUAUGGAGCAGCAUCUAGGACGCCAAGCGUAAAGAAAUCGGCUACGCCAACUUCACCAAAACAAGAACAGCGCGAAAUAGCAUCAAAUAAAAAACAACGUGAUUCCACAAUACAAGAAUUACAAAAUCGUUCGGGUACUAAUUGGGGUGCUCGUUAUGAUGAAGCUCAACAAAAAUAUCCUCCUCUUGAUAAAUUAGAUAAUAAACUUACUACACCACCAUCUUCUACUUCAAAAAAGCAAGGUGACAAUAAGAAUAAUGAAUCUGUAGAAGGAAGUCAUCAACAAAACUUAAAACCUUUAACAUCUAACAAUAAACCAAAUUCACUUGAUUGCGCUGCUUGUGGUAAUUUAAUAUCGGGUAACAUGUUAACUGCUAUGGGUAAAAAAUGGCAUCCCGGUCAUUUUGCUUGUAAACAAUGUGGUAUCUCUUUGGAACAUGUCGCUUUCUUUGAAAGGGAUGGUAAUCCUUAUUGUCAUUUGGAUUAUCAUGAGCUAUUUAGCCCUAAAUGCGGACAUUGUGACACGCCUAUUGAAGGAAAAUCUAUUUCUGCUCUUGGAAAAUCGUGGCAUCCAGGACAUUUCUUUUGUAGAGAAUGUGGUAAUCCUUUUGAAGGUGGUUUCAUGGUUCAUGAAGGUUUUCCAUAUUGUGAAAAGGAUUGGACAAAAUUAUUUGCUCCAAAGUGCUUAGGAUGUAAAGAACCUAUUAGAGGAGAAUUUAUUAAUGCUUUAGAAGGAAUGUGGCAUAGAAAUUGUUUUGCUUGCAUGGUUGGUUAA